AUAGUUUGAUUUUCUCUGCAUCUCUCUGAGCCAAUAAUGUAGAGGGGACUGUUGUGCACAUCUCAGCUGGCAGACAUUUAAAAGGGAGACAGUCCGGCGCUGGAGCAAUUUGUAUUAAACCCCCCUGGCCCCUGUCUAUGGAGCGCGUAGUCUCCCACCCAUUAGCAGUCCCACCAGCGUACAGCCGACAGCAGUAGGUGCUGAUCACCUCGGAGGGUGCCGAAGAGGACUCAUUCAGGAUUAGAUCAUCGCACUUGUGACAGUGGAGGCUUGCGCAGGAUGGCCAGCUCGACGCAUAUCCUCUGUAGUAUGGUUUUCAUCAUCGGGUUGCUUUCCUCUCCCGUGGAUGCCAAAAGAAACCGAGGUUCACAAGGCGCCAUCCCUCAUCCUGACAAAAACAACCCAAACGAAUCGGAGCAGCAACCACAGCCUCCACAGGCGGGCUCCGGGUCCCGGCAGAGGCAGGGCUCAUCCUCACCGGCCGACGAGGUGCUGGAGUCCAGCCAGGAAGCGCUCCACGUGACGGAGCGCCAGUAUUUGAAACGGGACUGGUGCAAGACGCAGCCCCUCAAGCAGACCAUCCACGAGGAGGGCUGCGUCAGCCGCACCAUCAUCAACCGCUUCUGUUACGGACAGUGCAACUCCUUCUACAUCCCCCGGCACAUCCGCAGGGAGGAGGGGGCUUUUCAGUCCUGCUCGUUUUGUAAGCCAAAGCGUUUCACCACCAUGACGUUUACUUUGAACUGUCCGGACCAGCAGCCCCCAACCAAAAAGAAACGCAUUCAGCGCGUCAAACAGUGCCGCUGUAUAUCCAUCGAUCUGGACUAAAGGCGCACAGAAACACGCUGAAUGUUUCUCAUUGCGUUUUACUUUAUGGACUGGACUGAAAUGCUGUGUCAGCAAAGAGCACGUGCCUGCCUCCAACUAGGAGGAGGCAUCCGUUCGAGCAUCUUUAGGCUACAUGGAUUCUUCUCUUGCACAAUGCGUGAACACAUAGGAUAUAAAACAAACAAACAAACAAACAAACAAAAAAUCAACAAAAAAACAGAUGUUGAUCUGUAGAGUUGAACUCCUCACUUCUUUGUAAAAAACAUCACUGCACGGGAACGCUGACUUUGAAUGAGCACGUUUUACGCACGGCUUCCUCACCCAGUGAUGACUGCAGAACCCGAGUUUUAUUCAACACAUCACUCUUUUUUGAAAGCGCAUUGUGGCAGGACCUUAUUUCUGCUUCUGGCUGUUUUUCUAUGAGUUUAUUUUUUAGUCUAACUGGAGGUUUCCACUGUGUGGAAUUUGAUGGAUUACACGUGAUAUUUGUAAAUAGAAAAUGUGAUUUUAUUUCCUUAUUACAAGAAUCUUUUGAGGUUGACUGAUUUCUUUGGAUUUCGAAGUAAUUGUUUUUGGUAAGGUUUAUUGUAGACGUUUUUUAUUUAGUUAGAAUAAAGAAUGUACAGUGAUUGCUUCUACAGCGUCCAGGUUAAAUAGUUGUAAAAUGUACAGCCAACUUUAAUGUUACCGGUUUGAUUUCCCCUUUGGUUAAAUUAUCCCUGGAAACUUAGAAUAAACGGAUGUUGGAAAAUUGGGAUUGUUUCCCCUGAUGUAAUGUGUGUAAAAACCAUGUUGAAUCAUCACCUGCUUCUCUCAUCUUCACUGGCUCUCAGAUGCCUGGAAACCAAUCCCAGAAAAUCCUUUAGUUUGAUGGGAAAAGAUGCCCUUUUAGAGGUUUGAAUUAAGCCUUGAUAUUGGCCCAAUCUAUGCAAUUGGAGAUUAUGAUUUGAUAGUAGAUUUUAUAGGGGAUUUCUGGUUACAGGGCACAAACUUGAUUUGUUGCAAAUCUGAUGUUCUUGCUUAGAAAAGACACUAUUCUAUCACAGUCAUACUUAUUGGUUUAACCUCUCUUUAAUUGAAGCGCCAAAGAUGUAAAUCUCCUGUCAAAAUAAAAGUUUUUUUUUAAAUCAG